GCCGUUUCUCGUCCAUCUCCGUGUUUAUCUCGUCUGCAGUGGUCUCAGUGUUCCGCACGGCACGGCGUGUCUGCGUUUCUUCAAAUAUGGGGAGCGAAAUGAGACAGAGCAGGCCAGGCUUCCUAGGGGCAUGAGGGUUGCGCGAGGCCUCCGCCAAUAUAACACUCACAAGAUGCGCCGUUUUUUCAGAUCUUUGUUGCCGAGCGGCAGCACGCCUGCUCUGCUGACAGACCUAUUCUGGCGAAAGCCUUGCUUGCAGCAGCCUCUCCUGCAGCGUCGCUUUACCUCUGAUUCCGCCUGCCACCGUACUACCCCAAGCGGCACACCAAGUUAUUUAAAUGCUUCGCUUCAACACUCUUCCGCCGUCCGCGGCAGAGAUAAGCACCCGCUUACUCGCCUUAUCCGCAGAAUUACAGCCGGUAAUAAAAAGAGAGCGCAGCAGCACCACGCCCGGCUCUUCACAACGGACCGCAAAAGCCAGCGAGAUUUUUAUGACGUUACACCCCCCAGCACCACGACCGCAACCAGCUCCCUCGCCGACGAUAUUGAACACAAUCCGACGGCGUUCGGAAAGAUUCUGCGAAACGAAAAGCCCGCAGAGCAGAUUUUGUACGAAGAUACCGAGUUUCUCGCGUUCAAAAAUAUCAAGCCCUACGCCCCGCUGGCUGGCUUGAUUAUCCCGAAACGACGGGUGAGGCAGGACCCGAUGAAUCUGCCGAAAGACGAUUUUCAUUUGAAUCUAGUGGAAAAAAUGCGAGCGAUUGGUUUAAAGCUUGCGAGAAAGCACCUGGAUGUUGCUGCAGUGUCGCGUCGGGGCGUCUCGCUCGGACAGCAGGACGUCAGUAAUCAACAUAGCUGUACUACAAAUGCCAAAAACACAAACGCAUCAGGUUUGCUUCCGUUUUCCGUUUCAGAGAAACCAGAUUUCGACGAGAAUGAUUUUUGGUUAAAGUUUCACCUUCCACCUUACAAUACGGUGGACCACCUGCAUUUGCACGUCUUGGCGCCCGUGAGCCAGAUAAGAAAGUGGCAUACUAUUACGAUUUUCACUGAUCCUGCAAAAGCGUGCGAUGUGGCAGACGUGUUAGAUAGGCUGCGAAAUACUGACAAUGAGAGCUCUCCAAGCAAUAGCUUCAACGAAUCUUCUCUCGUCGACCUCUUGGCCGCGAUCUUGGCGCGCCCGCUGGUUGUCAGCGUUUUCUUUUUCGUGUAAUUUGUGUUAAAUUUCUUGCCAUCGUUUUACCUGGGCCUGAUAGAUCAAGACGAAG